ACGAGGGACGUGAGCAAACGCAGCUCCGCGGUAGGCUGUCGAGGGGAGCCAUCACAGGUUUCAGAAGGUGACCACAGAAUUUGAAGAAGUUACAUUUCUAAUAUGAUACUUGAAAGUUAGUGACUGCUGAGCCCAUUUUUAUGAAAAUUAACUAUGACUUAGAAGCCUUGGUUUAUGAUGUCAUCGGUCUGGACGGAAAGAAAACCCCCACAGGCUGUGAGCCUGCGGGGUGUUGACCCAGAAACGUGCAUGAUUGUAUUCAGAAACCACUGGACACAGGUGGUGAAGAUCCUGGAGAAACACGACCCCCUGAAGAACAGCCAGGCCAAGUACGGGUCCAUCCCGCCGGACGAGGCCAGCGCGGUGCAGAAUUACGUGGAGCACAUGCUCUUCCUGCUCAUCGAGGAGCAGGCCAAGGACGCUGCCAUGGGGCCCAUCCUGGAAUUCGUGGUCUCCGAGAACAUCAUGGAGAAACUCUUCCUGUGGAGCUUGAGACGGGAAUUUACCGACGAGACUAAACUGGAGCAGCUGAAGAUGUACGAGAUGCUGGUCACCCAAUCGCACCAGCCCCUGCUGCACCACAAGCCCGUCCUGAGGCCCCUCAUGAUGCUGCUGAGCUCCUGCUCGGGGACAGCCACCCCCGCCGUGGAGGCGAAGUUAGUCGUCCUGCUCAACCAGCUCUGUUCCAUCCUUGCCAAAGACCCGUCCAUUCUGGAACUCUUCUUCCACACCAGCGAGGACCAGGGGGCCGCCAACUUCCUCAUCUUCUCCCUCCUGAUUCCCUUCAUCCACCGAGAGGGGACCGUCGGCCAGCAAGCCCGGGACGCUCUGCUGUUCAUCAUGUCCCUGUCUGCCGAGAACAGCAUGGUGGCCCAUCACAUCGUGGAGAACACCUACUUCUGUCCAGUGCUUGCCACGGGGCUCAGCGGGCUCUACUCUUCGCUGCCCACGAAGCUCGAGGAGAAAGGCGAGGAGUGGCACUGCCUCCUGAAGGACGACUGGCUGCUGCUGCCGUCCCUCGUCCAGUUCAUGAACUCCCUGGAGUUCUGCAAUGCCGUCAUCCAGGUGGCUCACCCCUUGAUCCGCAACCAACUCGUCAACUACAUUUACAAUGGCUUCUUGGUGCCGGUCUUGGCUCCUGCUCUGCAUAAGGUGACGGUGGAGGAGGUCAUGACCACCACCGCGUACCUGGACCUGUUCCUGCGGAGCAUCUCGGAGCCGGCGCUGCUGGAGAUCUUCCUCCGGUUUAUCCUGCUUCACCAACACGAGAACGUCCACAUCCUCGACACGCUCACCAGCCGGAUCAACACCCCAUUCCGGCUUUGCGUGGUGUCCCUGGCGCUGUUCAGAACUCUCAUCGGCUUGCAUUGUGAGGACGUGAUGUUACAGCUCAUUCUGAGGUACCUGAUCCCCUGCAACCACAUGAUGCUGAGCCAGAGGUGGGCUGUGAAGGAGCGGGACUGCUACUCGGUGUCCGCGGCCAAGCUGCUCGCCCUGACGCCCGUCUGCUGCUCCAGCGGGAUCACGCUGACGCUGGGGAGCCAGGAGCGGGACCACAUCCUCUGGUCCAAGUGCUCCCACGAAGGCUCAGGGCCCACAGAUCCGCUGCAGCCCGAGGCCGCCUCGCCAUCGGCCUGCAUCGUGGAGUACGGGAAGGCCCUGGACAUCAGCUACCUGCAGUACCUCUGGGAGGCCCACACCAACAUCCUGCGCUGCAUGAGAGACUGCCGCGUCUGGUCCGCCCUGUAUGAUGGGGACUCCCCCGACCCCGACACGUUCCUGCAGAGCCUGGCCGAGGACAACACCGUGGGCUCGGCUGCCCCUGGGCUCGGGCUCCCGCCACCCCUCCCCAGGCAGACAGGACCUCAGCUGGCCCCGAGGAAGGACAAGAGCCACACGGAGCUGGAGUGGGACGACAGCUAUGAUACCGGGAUCUCCUCGGGGGCCGACGCGGGCUCCCCCGGGCCUUAUGAUGACCUGGAGACUCCAGGGCCCCCCGUGCCCAUCGAUCCCCCCAAACACAUCCAAGAGAUGAAGAAGAACGCCCUCCUGCUCUUCAAAGGGUCCUACAUCGAAGAGUCGGACUUCCAGGACGACGUGAUGGUGUACAGGCUGUGUGCCGAGAAGGACGCCGAGGACGCGGGGAGGUCACCGGGGGACACGGCGGGGCCGCCCGCGGAGGCCCAGACCGAGGGCCAGGCUUCCCCCGUGAACAACGGCCCGCUCCCCAGCCCCCCUCCAGAGACAGACUCCGAGGAGGACCCGAGCAGGGACAGUCCAGACCUGCUUCCAAACACGGCCAAGAAGCCGAAGCAGGAGAGCCAGCCCGAGGCAGCCCCAGAGUCGGACUCCAAGCCGGUGCCCCCCGGCCCCGAGGCAGAGCCCGGCUCACAUGUGGCCGAUCCGACCCUGGAGAGCGAAGAUCUCAUCGCCCAGUAUGACCAGAUCAUGAAGGAGCUGGACUCUGGCACCGGGGGCUUGGCAGAGCAGGGCUUCGCCGACCCGGGUCCCACGCCUCUCUCAAAGGAGGAGGGCAGCCCAGGAGGGAGGGAGGAGGAGGAGGAGGACGACGACGACUUCGACUCCUUCAUAGCCGACACCCCGACCGCAGAGCCUGCGCCUUCCCCCUUUGGGGCCAGAGACGAGUCUGCCCCCAGCGGUCGCGGUCACCAGCCCGUGCGGACGCAGAGCACCCCGUUCACAGGCCCGUUCAUCAGCGUGGUCCUGUCGAAGCUGGAGAACAUGCUGGAGAACUCGCUGCACGUGAACCUGCUGCUCAUCGGCAUCGUCACUCAGCUGGCCAGCUACCCGCAGCCGCUGCUGCGCUCCUUCCUGCUCAACACCAACGUGGUCUUCCAGCCCAGCGUCCGCUCGCUCUACCAGGUCCUCGCGUCUGUGAAAAACAAGAUUGAACAGUUCGCUUCUGUGGAGAGAGACUUCCCCGGCCUACUCAUCCCAGCCCAGCAGUAACUGCUCUUCCGCGUGGGAUGUGAAUCCGACCUGCCCCCUGCAGCGCUCACCAAAGAUCCCGCUCAGGAGCCUUCCGGUGCAGGAAGUAGCAAGAACCUUCUGGAUGGUCCUCCCAAAGUGCUCCAGCCCUUCCUGACAAACAGAGCCAAGGUCGCCGGGGCUCCCCCGAACCUGCCCCUGCCGGUGAGGAACCCCAUGCUGGCCGCCGCCCUCUUCCCGGAGUUCCUGAAGGAGCUGGCUGCCCUGGCUCAGGAGCACUCCAUCCUGUGCUACAAGGUCCUGGGGGACUUCGAGGACUCCUACUGCUAGCCUGUCCUUUGCAGUAGACGUUCUUCUUUUAUAAGGUUUUAGUAUCUUCACCGAAUGUUAAAUGCAAAGCUGCUUACGAGAAUGUCUACUUGGAUAUUUCCUGACAAUACUUGAUUUGUGGGGAGGGGGAUUUUCCGUGUCUCUCCUCUCUUUCCAGCCAGGUCCUUCCAACUUGUUACCGAGAGCGAAGUCUGGGAGGCCGGCUCGGCAGGGAGCGCUCUCGGUGAUCUGCUCGCUGUACUCCUCACAGCCUCCUCUCACCCUGGAGCUCAGACCGCACCGAGCGAAUGCGGGUCAGAGGUUCCCCAAGGGCCCCAUGUCGGGUUGGCCCCCAGCAGCACGUGAAGGACGUGCACCUGGACCUUCUGCAUCUUGGCUUCCGUGUCCUCAAAGGGGAGGCUGCAGACGGAGCCCCUCCCGCCUCCCUUACGCAUCCCUUGGCACUGUGCUUCCAGGACUUGAGCUCUGCCCGGCACGCCCGCCGCGUGGUGCAGGAGUCAGGGGUAACCGGAGAGAAUCCGGAGUGCAGGGGACGUUUGUACCUUAACCAGUAUGCUCCGAUUGAAUCACUGAAGAUAGCCUUAUUUUAGUGGCGAUUUGCAUGCAGUGGAGUGUACCUAUGCGAACUCUUGCUUGGGACGGUAGGAGUUUGUCGGAUGAAGAAAGCGUGGUAUCACAUACUCACAUAGGACAGCCUUCAUUUCUUCAAGUGUUUUAUGAAAACAGAGGGACUUAGGAAGCUGUUUCGUUGUGGGUUUGGGGGGAGAAUGGAGCGUGUAGGGUGGGCGGGGGGAGGCACGCUGCAUGAAACCAUGGGACACCGGUAGUUACGUCUGUCCGCCCUGCCUGCGGGUCUGCACUUUGUAGAGAACCCCCUCCGGGAGCCAGGAUGUAAACGCACCUGGGCAGAUGGCCUGCAAGGCCAGGUGCCUGCUGGUGACACGCCCCACAUGGGGACAGUGCCUUCUGAGGAGUGGGGUUCAUUAGAGGCCCCGGUGUGCUGGGUCGGGCUUCUGCUGCUUUCAACCUGCUCCAUGAGGCCUCAUUAUACUGAGCGCCGCUGCCUCGCUAACCCCACCAGGAGGGGGAACAUGUAAUUGCGGGAUGAAAAGACCAUAAACAGGAUAUUUAUGGCUAGUAAAUCCCCCUCCUCUAUUCAGGGCCGGGUUCUGCAGGGGGGCAGCAGUAAGGAGGUGAGCUCCUUGUUGGGGGGAGAUCAGAAGCCCCACCUCUCCCAGUUCUCUUUGUGGGUGUCUCUGCGGAGCCCCAAGGGCAGUCGCGGUGGAGCAGCUGAGCCUCAGGAGCCCUGCUCUGGCCUUCAUAGGGCCCCCAGCACAGGAGGCGGAUGGAGGGCGGGAUCGGACCUGUGACACUGCGGGGCAGGGUGGCCCCUUUGUGCUUCCAGGGUCUGAAGCCGCUUCGCAUUGGGAUUGGGAGCCAGGCAGGAGUGAGGGCAGGUCUGCCUCGCUGGUGACCAGCCGGUUCCGUAGUCUGAGCGAGAAACCAAAGAUAGCGAUCCGCUGCGCACGCCUGAGUCCGAAUUUGCGCUGGAGAGUGGUUCGUGGGGUAGGGGCCACAGUGUACGGGCCCUCGCACUGUCCCGUUGGCUUCCUGGUGCCCCAGUUUCGGCGCUACCCACAAGUCUCCGUUAGAAAAGAAGGGGUCUGGAGAAAGAGGCCCCUCUGGUGCGUGCUCAGCCGUGCUUUAUUACCCCCUGUGUCUUGCACAGAACUUCCUAUUUGGAUCUAGCAGGUCAUGUGUGAAAGCCACAUCUGGAGACUGCUUUAUUUUAGUUUAGGUUUUUUGCCAUAGGGUGCAUGUGCUCACCAGAGAGAGAGAGACAGAGACAGUGAGAGGG